AUGGGGCAAGGACAGCUUAGAGAUGGGUUUUUAUCACAGCUGAUGAUGCUUCUAAUAAAUAUUGUCAACUCCACAUUCUGUGGACAUUUAGGAAGAAUUGAAUUGGACGCAGUUAGUCUUGCCUCAGCGGUAAUAACUCUAUCGGGUAUCUCCAUAGGUUUUGGGUUGUCUACAGCGUGUGACACACUCAUGUCUCAGACAUAUGGCAGCAAGAACUGGAUGAUUCUCCAAAGAGGGAUUCUCAUUCUCAUGAUAACCUGCUUUCCUUGCUGGGCCAUCUUCAUAAACACCAAGCACAUUUUAUUGGCUUUCAAACAGUCUCCUGCAGUGGCUAGGUUAGAAUCUUACUUAUGUUUUACUAUCACUAUAUUUAUUUCUGCUCUUCCUGUAACAUUUCUUUAUGAUUUAGAGACCAGAUACCUUCAGAAUCAGGGGAUCAUCAUGCCUCAGCUUUUCACUGGUCUCAUAGCCAACAUCCUCAACGCUGUCACCAAUUAUCUCUUCCUCUUUGUGCUGAAGCUGGGAAUGCCAGGCUCGGCUGCUGCUAAUGUUCUCUCUCAGUACUGUCAGGCUAUUCUCCUGUUUGGAUAUAUUCGAUGGAAAAAGUUGCAUGAUAAGACCUGGGCAGGAUGGUCUACUGACUGUGUGCAGGAGUGGGGCCUUUUUCUACGACUGGCAAUUCCUAGCAUGUUUAUGAUAUAUAUUGAAUGGUGGACAAUUCACAUUGGAACAUUCCUCGUAGGGGUAACUAAUGAAGUUCAGCCUGGAGCCCAGACCAUUUUUUAUCAGAUUGUACUAACAGAGUAUGUGGUAAGGAUGAACAUUCUGCACAAGGAUGAAGCGGACACAGAAAACAGUGAAGUUGUUUUGAUGCCCAAUGUUUGUCAAAUGGAACAAAAGAUAAACAAGGACCGGGUGACAGAUGAGUCUUCCGUUCUGGACACUGGAGUGACCACGGUUGGAGAAAUCCUGUCCACAAAACAUCUGAUCAUUUGUCAUGACCUGGCCUUCCUUUCAGGACCACUCAUUCUGGCAAUUGGACUGGUGAUACACUUCAUUCUUGCAAAGGGGCUGUAG